AUGGUUCAGAAUAGCAGCAGUUCGAUAGAAGAUUAUAUUCUUUACGACCAUCAAAAUACCUCUGUGAUUUUUGAACGCCUGCAAGACUACAUGAUGUCCCCAAAUAUUUCGUUAGAUAUUCUGGAGGAAGUACACAUUAAGUUGCAGGCAAUACUUUCGUCACAAGAAGGUCAAGAUUUCAUUAAUGAGGACACCACUGAUUUAUUCCGGACUCAUAAACUGCAGCGAAACCUUAAGUUGUAUCUAUCACCAAUUCUUUUGGUCAUUGGUUUGAUUGGAAACACAUUGUCCUUUGUGUUCCUUAGGUACGACAAAGAGAAGAAAAUGUCCAUCAAUGCUUAUUUGUCGGCACUAGCACUGGCUGAUAUCAUGGUUUUGAUAUCUGGAUUACUCUCUCUAUGGGUGCAGGAAGUAACUGGGGUGGAUUUCUUCAGAAGUGUCGAUAUCUCGUGUAAAGUUUGGAAUGUGAUCGCAUUUACUUCCAGUAUAUUUUCUGUGUGGUUGAUUGUUGCCAUUACUGCUGAAAGGUUCAUAGUCGUCUGCUUCCCUCUGGCUGCACACAGAAUUUGCAAUAAAAACAGGGCAAUUGGAAUCAUUGUCUUUCUUUUGGUAUUUAGCGUGUGUUUCAACGCACACUUUCUGGUUACAACGGGAAUAGUUAACAUUGGCAGCUCAAGACUUUGUGACGCCUUGGAUGGUUAUAAAACGUUUAUCAGGAAAGUUUGGACAUGGGUUGAUGCCACUAUGUAUUGUUUCUUCCCUUUGUUCAUUAUUUCAGCGCUUAACACGGUUAUCAUUUCAAAAGUUAUAACUGCCACCAAAAAGAGGCGGAAUCUGCAGCAUCUUAAGCGCAGUACGUCGGUGGGUUUAAAGCAAAGACAGAGGCGUGACAUCAAACUGAAUGUAAUGUUACUGACUGUGUCGAUUACUUUCUGCAUAUCCUCCACUCCGAUGGUUAUUCUGAUGGUCACAGAGGUUCUAUUCCAGAAGAAUGCAUCACCCAGAAAAUCAGCGGCACUGCUUCUGGCGCGAACCAUCUGCGAGCUGUUGAUGUAUGUCAACCAUUCCAUUAACUUUUUUCUGUACUGUAUUAGUGGGCAGAGCUUUACUAAAAUUUUCAUGAAGCUGAUAUCGUGUAGAGGAAGAUAUCAUUCGCUGUCGCAGUAUUCUUUCAGGAGAAGGUCUAAUGUGAUAAUUACGAGCAAAGACACAGGUUUCUGAUAAUCAUGUAGACAAAUUUAGUAAAUGAAUUAAAAAAGUUUUUC